ACAAUGGUACAGGCAGCAUCACGCUGCACAAUGGUUUCCAGGCAGUGAAAGAGGGUGAUUCAGCAAGCCACUCUCCUUCUUCUUUUUUUAAAUCCUCCCCUUUUCUUUUUAUUUUUAUGGGGGUUGGUGGUGCAUGUUAUAUGCUUACCUUUUUUUUUUUUUCCGUUUUCAUUUUUACAAAUUUCUUUUUUUCUCCUCACCCCUCAAUUCCUAGGGGCUUGAGUGAGUUUAAGACUGGGUCUUCUUGGAAAUCACCUCUCUAUCAUUAAUUUUAAAUAAUCUCUCCACCUCCAAAAAAUUAUCUUCCUCAUUACAGUUUGGAAUGUGGUCAAUGAAAACCAAGUAGGGAGGAUUUCUGGGGCAGACACUGCCGGAUCAGGAUCGUAGUUCUCAGACACGGAAUGGCUAGCGUGAGAAAUAUCAACAGCAGGACCAUCUCAGAUCUUGGUUAUGGCAACUCAUGCAGGAAGCUGUUGAAUUAGACCCAUUUCCUAUAGAUGAGAAACCAUAUAAGCAGUGGUAUUUAUGAGCCUUCAUUUCUUAUACUACUGCAGUGAACCAACCUUGGAUGUGAAAAUUGCCUUUUGUCAGGUGUGUGUUCCUUACAGGUAGAACAAGGGAUUUGAUAAACAAGUGGAUGUGUCAUAUAUUGCCAAACAUUACAACAUGAGCAAAAGCAAAGUGGACAACCAAUUCUACAGUGUGGAAGUGGGAGACUCAACCUUCACAGUUCUCAAGCGCUACCAGAAUCUAAAGCCUAUUGGCUCUGGGGCUCAGGGAAUAGUUUGUGCUGCAUAUGAUGCUGUCCUUGACAGAAAUGUGGCCAUUAAGAAGCUCAGCCGGCCAUUUCAGAACCAAACACAUGCCAAGAGAGCUUACCGGGAGCUGGUCCUCAUGAAGUGUGUGAACCAUAAAAAUAUUAUUAGUUUAUUAAAUGUCUUCACACCCCAGAAAACGCUGGAGGAGUUCCAAGAUGUUUACUUAGUAAUGGAACUGAUGGAUGCCAACUUGUGUCAGGUGAUUCAGAUGGAAUUAGACCAUGAGCGAAUGUCUUACCUGCUAUACCAAAUGUUGUGUGGCAUCAAGCAUCUCCACUCUGCUGGGAUUAUUCACAGGGAUUUAAAACCAAGUAACAUUGUAGUCAAGUCUGAUUGCACAUUGAAAAUCCUUGACUUUGGACUGGCCAGGACAGCAGGCACAAGCUUCAUGAUGACCCCUUAUGUGGUGACACGUUAUUACAGAGCCCCUGAGGUCAUCCUGGGAAUGGGCUACAAGGAGAACGUUGACAUGUGGUCAGUAGGGUGCAUCAUGGGAGAAAUGAUAAAAGGUGCAGUGCUCUUUCCUGGCACUGAUCAUAUUGACCAGUGGAAUAAGGUAAUUGAGCAACUAGGAACACCUUGCCCGGAAUUCAUGAAGAAAUUGCAACCCACAGUAAGAAACUAUGUGGAGAAUCGGCCCAAGUAUGCAGGACUCACCUUCCCCAAGCUCUUUCCAGAUUCCCUCUUCCCAGCGGACUCUGAGCACAAUAAACUUAAAGCCAGCCAAGCCAGGGAUUUGUUGUCAAAGAUGCUAGUGAUUGACCCAGCCAAGAGGAUAUCAGUGGAUGACGCCUUACAGCACCCUUACAUCAACGUCUGGUACGAUCCUGCUGAAGUGGAGGCGCCUCCACCUCAGAUAUAUGACAAACAGCUGGAUGAAAGAGAGCACACCAUUGAAGAAUGGAAAGAACUUAUUUACAAGGAAGUGAUGAGUUCAGAAGAAAAGACUAAAAAUGGCGUAGUAAAAGGACAACCUUCUCCUUCAGCACAGGUGCAGCAGUGAACAGCAGUGAGAGUCUCCCUCCAUCCUCGUCUGUCAAUGACAUCUCCUCCAUGUCCACCGACCAGACCCUGGCAUCUGACACUGACAGCAGCCUGGAAGCCUCGGCGGGACCCCUGGGUUGUUGCAGGUGACUAGCCGCCUGCCUGCGAAACCCAGCGUUCUUCAGGAGAUGAUGUGAUGGAACACACACAUACACACACACACAGACACUCAUGCACACACACAAAUGCAGACACAAAAUGUCAAGAAAUCAGAAAGGGAGAGAAUCCAAGCCUAAAAUUGAAACAAAUCUUUCAGCCUGCUUCUUCUCCAAAGUUCUGUAAUGCAGCUAAGCUCAAAUGUCUAUUUAACUUCUAGUUGCUCUUGCUUUGGUCUCCUUCCAAUGAUGCUUAUUACAGAAAGCAGAUCAAACACAAUUAGAGAAGCCUUUCACAUAAAGUGUAAUUUAAAUGGCUGCAAAACCAGCAACCCGUAACUGCCCUUUCAAAUGGCAUGACAAGGUGUGCAGUGGCCCCAUCCAGCAUGUGUGUGUCUCUAUCUUGCAUCUACCUGCUCCUUUUGGCCUAGUCAGAUGGAUGUAGAUACAGAUCCGCAUGUGUCUGUACUCAUACAGCACUACGUAGAGAUGCUACUGUCAGUGUCCUCAGGGCUGUCCCAAGACAUCACGCACUGGGGUACCACAUGGUCCAUUUCAUGUGAUCUAUUACUCUGACAUAAACCCAUCUGUAAUAUAUUGCCAGUAUAUAAGCUGUUUAGUUUGUUAAUUGAUUAAGCUGUAUGUCUUAUAAGAAACCAUGUAAAGGGGGAUAUAUGAGGGGAGUGAGCUCUCGGACCCUUGAAGAUGUAGCUUCCAAAUUUAAACUGAUUAAAUGGCACCUGUAUACCAAUUUAUAGAAAGAACAUAUGUGAUGCUUAUGUACAGUGUGUGUGUGGGGAGGGGUAACAGUUUUCAGGUUCUGAAUGGUUUGACCUUUAGAAAGAAGGUGUGAAUAAAGGCUGAGGACCUUUUCUCAGACAGCAAACAGGUUGCAGGGAGCAGAGAGUAGGGCUGAGGUGUGGACCAGAACCAAAAGGAAAUUAUUGCCCAGGUGCUAGGGGGCACCACUGUCCAUAUUUUAAAGAGUAGACCCCCAUUUGUCAUUUCUAGAUUACAUGUCAUGACAGGAGUCUGUAGGAGAGUGGCAGGUGGUGAGGCAGGGUCAUCACAUACACUUUGGAAGGUAAGAAUCCUUCCCAGAAACAAAGUGGAAUUGCCUUCCUGUGACUUACUUAGCAGAACACAAGCCCACCUAGACUCCUUUCAGAUUGUAGGUUGACUUUUCUAUUUGUGGACUGCUUCCCAGAUUCAUAUCCUGCCAAGGUUUUAUUUUGAGAAGAAAUAAUGCUUUCCUCUUCUGGAAGAAAAAUACAAUUAACUAGUUAAAAUAAAAUCCCCAAAGCACAGGGUGAUCCUUAGAUUAGCAUUUGAAAACAUCUCCAGAGACAUUGGUAUUUCUCAGGAGUUUCCCUGACUCCUUUAUAUGACUAAUGUUUCAUGUUUAUUUAUUUAUUUUCAUGAGUUUGAACAAUCCAAGAAGGGCUGAUAAUCAGAAAUUUGUACUGCAGUAGAUGAUGUGAGAGCAAUAACUGCCACAAGUUACUGCGGCUAAAUGGUGUUAGCAAUAUGAGUUUGUCUCAAAGCCAUGAAGCAUUAAUGUCGAUGUUUAGCAAAAUCAUCUGAAUUUAGUUUCAAUUAAAUGAAAGUGCUUUUCCGAGCACCAAUGGAGGCACUGUGAAACCUCUUGGUUAUAUACUCGGCAAUACCAGUGUGACUUCUCAGCAAUAAUAGGAACGAGACACAGGCUUCCCUUCUUUUUUCACUUUGGUGAAGUACCAUCACAGUUAUUUGCACUCUAGCCAUUUUGGUGCUCACCAAUGUGGUGAUAUUUCACCUGAAAAAGAAGUGAAACACAUGAAAUGGAUGGUUGGUGAGUGUGAUAUGACUGGCAAAUGGAAAGCCCCACAGAAACAGAGAGAAGGAGAAUGCCAUUACUCUGCAAACUGCCUUAAUACAAUAACAGAGAAGCUGUCUCUUUUCAAGCAAUAGAGUCCCUAGGGACCUGCACCCACCACUACCACCACCACCACCACCACCACGUGAGCUGUGCUUCCUUUGUGGGAUUGCUUCACACACUAGGAUUCCUUAUAAGGGGCAAUUUGCUUAAAAUGGAGAGAACAUCAUUAGAUUGCGCAGCUUAUCCCCCGGAAUAAGAAUGUCCCACUCUAUCUUGCUACCAUUCUUUUUGGUUAAUAUUUCAGAUGACCUGGGUCAUAUUAAUGCCCCCUCCUUCAUAUGAGCUCUGUUACUUUUCUUUCUGUUGAAUUCCUUUCUUUUAAACUUCUUUUAUUUGUAUCCAUACUCUCUACUUCUCUUCUUCCUCUGUAUUUUGUCCUUGAUAUAUCUGUGGCCUCACCCCCCAACCCACACACACAGUUUAUACCACAUGGGAUUAAGUGCAGAGAGCAGACAGCUGCUUGAAAGACACAAGUCUGGAGGGGAAUUUCAUCAGUCACAGAUGACACCAGACACAAAGGGAGAUCUCCAGCAGCAUCCUCAAAGAUCUUGACAGG